AUGGAGUCUAAAACAGAUAACACUAAAGGUUUGGGUGAUUUAGCUGCCUUCCCCAAAACAAAUGCAAAACCAAAAGUUAUUGUCAAUAAUAUAUCCGCCAAAUGGAGUGAAGGCAGUCCUUAUGCAACCAUUCAAAACAUUUCAUUCAAUAUAAAACCUGGAGAUCUAUUAGCGGUGAUUGGACCGGUAGGUUCGGGAAAG